GUUAGCGGCAGCGGGCCGGGACAGCGCCCGCCGCGCCAGCCGGACUGUGCCCCGCAUUGGGGUGCGGAGAGUGCCGGACUGGGUGCGGGGAGUGCCGGCUGUGAGGAUCACUCCGCACGCGAUGAAGGCUUGCGGACGCCGCGCGCCAUUUUGGGUGGCGGAGAGCUGCGGAGCGGCGGGAGCUGAGCGGAGCCGUGGGACGGAAAGUGUUAAUCAUGUUGGGCUCUGGGUUCAAGGCGGAGCGCUUGCGAGUCAAUCUGCGCCUCGUCAUCAAUCGCCUCAAACUACUGGAGAAAAAAAAGACUGAGUUGGCCCAGAAGGCAAGGAAGGAGAUUGCAGAUUACCUGGCAGCUGGAAAAGAUGAGCGUGCCAGGAUUCGUGUGGAGCACAUCAUCCGUGAAGAUUACCUUGUGGAGGCCAUGGAGAUCCUGGAGCUGUACUGUGAUCUACUGCUCGCCCGCUUUGGCUUGAUCCAGUCCAUGAAGGAGCUGGACUCUGGCCUGGCAGAGGCAGUAUCGACACUGAUUUGGGCUGCACCACGCCUCCAGUCGGAAGUGGCUGAGUUGAAGAUUGUUGCUGAUCAAUUGUGUGCUAAGUACAGCAAGGAGUAUGGGAAGCUGUGCCGGACAAACCAGAUUGGGACAGUCAAUGACAGGCUGAUGCACAAGCUGAGUGUGGAAGCACCACCCAAGAUCCUGGUGGAGAGAUACCUCAUCGAGAUUGCAAAAAACUACAAUGUACCCUAUGAGCCUGACUCAGUGGUGAUGGCUGAAGCCCCGGCAGGUGGAGAGGCAGAUCUGAUUGAUGUGGGCUUCACGGAUGAUGUGAAGAAGGGUGGCCAUGGAGGGGGCGGAGGUGGUGGAUUUACAGCCCCAAUGAUGGGUCAUGAUGGGUUAGUACCCGUGCCUGUGAUGAUGCCUAUGCCCAUGCCAACAACAAAUCCACCCUUCUCCUAUCCACCUCCGAAGGGACCGGAGAACUUCAGUGGCCUGCCAGUGGGGACCUACCAGCCUUUCACUAACAUCCACCCACCACCAAUUCCGGCAAACCCACCCACGUAUGAGUCCAUUGAUGAGCCUAACACUGAGAAGGAUCCUGCUGCGUUAGUGCCUGGGCCUGAGCCUAAGCCAGAAGCUUCUCCUAAACCAAGAGCUGGAGCUCCUAAUACUGUUGAUAACUUUGUGCUGCCUGAAUUGCCUUCUGUGCCAGACACGCUGCCAACAGCAUCUGCUGGCGCCAACUCUUCUGCCUCAGAAGACAUUGACUUUGAUGAUCUUUCUCGGAGAUUUGAGGAGCUGAAGAAGAAAACGUAAAGUUUCCUGGGCUGCAGGGGAAGGAGCUGUGACAUCUCUCUGAAACAGACUCCCUUUGAAAUUGGUUUCCUGUAUUAACCUCCAAUGAACGUGCUCUUCUUUUUGAACUCUCUUCCUGCUGUACUUACACCAGGUGCUGCCGCUUUCCUGAUCUUUACUGCUCCAGGAGAUGAACUGUGGGGAAUGUUGUGAGAGUGAGGCAGAGAAGAGCCCCUGUCAGUCUGGGUAGCUGUAUGGGGAAGCUGUACAUGAUGUUCUGGGCACUGUUCCUUGCUGCCUCCAUGAUGGCUCUGUGCCUGCUAGUAGAGGCUUUCUCUUGAGGAGCCCUUGCUGGCCUUCCUGGUAUUCUCUGUGGGGUCUGUUUGCAGAAGGGUGGCACUCUCUGUCUGGGCCUACUGAAUAUGUGACUGGCCCCACUCUGCUACUGCCUCGGGGUUUUGAUGCAGCAGCUUUUCUCCCGGGUGCUGAGCAGCUCUGUACCAUUGAGGUGUGGGGGCGAGGUGUGUAGUGUGGUCUGACGGGAUAUGCAGCAGCACCUUGUUUACCCUACCCAAGCCACGGGCGAGGCAUCCCGGGACUGUAAUGUACUCGUUCGUGGCACCGUCUGCAGCUGUCCGGUCCCUGUCGGUGCCGCCGCCCGUGUUCUGUCCGUGCGCGCUCCCCGGCGCUCGGGCCCUUUGUACCUCCAAUAAAGCGCGCUCCCGCGCACCGUG